UUGCCUUCACAGAUAUCGCAUCUUGUACUGUAUCGAUAGUCUGCCUUGUUUCUAGAGUUGCACUGACUUCAAGGAAGUAACCUCGCUCUAGAUCUUGAAUCGUGGCGGUGCGUGGCCUUCUCUUGGAGAUCGUAUUGGUAUAGUUCCCUCGUGCGCAGGACCAUACAGCGCACAAUAUUGACGGAAGAAGAAGUCCAUUCGCCAUGACCCUUCGCUUUCGUAUCAUUGUCUCUUUAGCACUCCUGAAGACCGCGCUAGCCGCUAACUCCAACCUGCCACCUUCGUGUGGAACAACGAAGCGGGACUUUCUUGCGGUAUUGUUUCGGCACGGAGAAAGGGCCCCGCUGGGAACUUUUCCGGGAGACCCAAACCCACAACAUCCCUGGCCUUUCGGUUUCGGGGAACUGACAAGAGAUGGAAGGGACAGAAUGAACUACCUCGGCAUGUGGCUACGACACAGCCUCGGAGAAUUUAUGACGAGCGAUACACGCGACGUGGGUGCUAGAAGCAGUCCAGCGCCAAGAUGCUUCGAUAGUGCCGCGCUGCUCCUCGAUGAACUUUAUCCUGCAUCUGGGAAGUGGGCGUGGCAUGAGGGUGACCAUUGGCAACCAGUGCCAAUAACUUCGAUGCCGAAGGACCACGACAAGUACACAUUCUACUGUCCAAACUUCUUGCGAAAGAUGUUGGCUGACCUACUGUCAAAGUUUGCGACAACCAAAGGACCUGGAAACGGUCUCCUACAAACCCUUUCGGCCAACGCCAAAAUUAAUGUCUCGGAACCACGUAAAUUGCUGGACGCUUUGGACGCCCUGGUGGUGCAAUCGGAGAACAACCUCAAGAUGCCAGACUGGUUCGAGGAGGGAAAAGAGCAGUUUCUACAGUUCAACCAUGCUGUUUAUGUUGCCGUUGGUAGUGCACUUUCGAGGAACAUGGGAGGAGAAAUUAUCAGAGACAUCGCGGACAAAGUGAAGGAGUAUUAUUACCAGCAGAAUGUGACUGAAGAAGCCGCAGGAGGUAUUAUGGCACCGUUAGACGUUCCUUACAAAACAUUAAAGAGGCUACAUCUCUUCUCCUACCACGACCUGAACGUCAUCGCUGUGCUCUACAGUCUGAAUCCAAAUGAAAUCAAGAAGCGUCCGGAUUAUGGAUCAUUGGUUAUUUUUGAGUCUGUGAAGAACACGCUCCUCGAUGAACCGCAGAUCCGUGUGCUCUACAGAGAUGGCGAAACGGAUCACGUAGUUUACGACAUCAAGGGAUGUCCAUAUCCAUGCACUGCGAAAGAGUUUCUAGCGUAUGUCGACGAAAAUUUCAAACCCAUGACGAAUAGCGAAUGCGGUAUACCUGAUGACUACAUCCUGCUGUAGGUACCACAACACACAACACAAUCCCCACAAACUUCCACGGCAACCGCAAUUAGGUGCUGGAUAUAUCUUUCGCUACUUCUUUUCACAGUUACGCACAGGAUACACUUUCCUUCUUUUCAGUUUUUCUUACUUUUUCUACAUUAAUUACAAUUACACCCGCACUCAGAGUGUGAUGGAGACGCGUGGAACCUCUAAAUUGGAUAACUUUUAUUUGUGUCUUGUGACAACAGACUGUAGCCGAACGAGCAUCGAAUAAAAUGAGGAAUCAG